UCCUCUUCCGCAACAAGUUUUAAUCUUGACAACCAAGGCAAGGAAAAACAAACUUGAAAAGGACGACGACGAGGACAGGGAAGAAAGGAAAAGUUGAGGAAAAAUGAAGCUAGUUUGGUCCCCGGAGACUGCAUCAAAGGCCUAUAUUGAUACUGUUAAAUUUUGUGAUCUUUAUCAGGAAUCAGGAGUGGCAGAGCUUGUUUCUGCCAUGGCUGCCGGUUGGAACGCAAACUUCAUCGUUGAGACAUGGUCACAAGGUGGAGUUAUGGCGACAAGUAUUGGGCUAGCGGUGGCGAGCCGUCACACGAACGGAAAACAUGUGUGCAUAGUCCCGGACGAACAGUCAAGAUCGGAGUAUGCUCAAGCCAUGGCGGCGGCCGGCAUGUCACCGGAAGUUGUUGUUGGAGAGCCGGAGGAGGUAAUGAAUGAGCUAGCAGGCAUAGAUUUCAUGGUGGUGGAUUGCCGGCGGAAGGACUUUGCAAGAAUACUGAGGCUGGCAAAGCUGAGCAGCCGUGGUGCGGUGCUAGCGUGCAAGAAUGCUAGCUCGAGAUCGGCGGCGAGUUUCAAAUGGCGGAGCGUUCUUGAAGGGACUGGAUCCCGGCGGCUUGUCCGCUCUGUGUUUCUGCCGGUGGGGAUGGGACUGGAUAUUGCGUAUGUCGCAACUAGUGGUGGAAAUGCAAGUUCAGGGUCAAAAAGAUGGUUUAAGCAUGUGGAUCAGCAAUCAGGAGAGGAGCAUGUUAUUAGAAGAUAAAUUUUAGGGUGAAAUAUAUAAAUGACAAUAUUCUUUACUAUUAUUUUUUCUUUCUUUCUUUCUUACUUUUUUUUUUAAUCUUUUUGUAAGUUUCUUUGUUACUUUUUUGAUUGCGUGUAUAAAUUCAUUUUCAGAAACAAAAUCAUUUGUACAUAAGUUCAUGAGAACUAAUAAAGAAAUAUACGAGAAUUUCUAGUACUA